GUGACCUGUCCCAUCAUCAAAACACCAAUCCACCGCCGUCGCCGUCGCCGUGGGCGAGAACCGAGCACGCGUUUGAGCGGCGCGCGGCGGGAGCAGCUGCAGCGGGCCGGUCGGCACGCUCCAGCGCCUCGGCGAUGAGUAGCGACGACAGCUUUCCUGCUGCGCUCCAACGGCAGCAGCAGCAGACUACGGUUUCCCCCCUGGCUGUCGUCUCUCCUCUCCCGCAACUCUUUCUUCGUCGCCAUGGUAGUAAUUUCCUCCCAUCCAGAAUCCACGCGGUGCACGUGCACAUGGCUUUUGUGUUUUCCCACGAGUCUUGGUCAUGCGAAGUUGCAGCGAAGGAAACAGUCUUUCGAUGGAAUUCGAUUGCAUCUUCCUGCACACCACCAAAUCGUUUAACAGAGUAGGUUGCUAGGAAUUGAAAUAGGAAUAACCUUUUGUUACCUGUCGACCUGUUGCAUGGUGAUAGUGCCCUAUGGAUAGUCAAUGCCCGAUUUACAUUUUAGAGUGCUCACACGUCAGGCAGUAUGUAGUAUGUAUACACAACCUGAAAUUGGAAUAUUUGGAUUACCUGGUACCACUACCAGUGUACUGCCUGCAAUUGGUCAUCACAUUCACACUCAUCCUGUACACCUGUGUGAAUGAAGUGCAUGACAUAGUCUUAUCCAAGAUCAAGUCCGUCAAUCUUUACCAGUGUUGUAAUGUGGUUGAUGUAUGUCCACAUCACAAUGACCAAGACAAACUGAUGGUUGAAUGGUUGAUGCUGAUGUGUUUGGUUCCAGUGAACAACAGUGUGGUCAAAUCAAUCAAAAUAAUUGCCUGGCAAGAAGUCCUUCCAUGAGAGGGUGUUUUCUUGUCUCCCAUUUCAUGGGUUCAGGAAAGGGAAUUGCAAUUGCUACCAUGCAGCUGGUAUUGAUAUGGAGCAUAACAUCCACCAUCAUGUUGGUCGCAUCCAGAGCUCAUCCUCCCUCUGCUGAUAGUCUUGCGCACUGCCCCAAAACCUGUGACGAUGUGAGCAUCCAGUACCCCUUUGGCAUCGGGCCUGGCUGCUCCCGACAGGGAUUUGAGGUAACCUGCAAUAGGACUACCAAACCUUGGAAGCUCCUCUUGGGCAACACCACCACUCAGGUGACCGGCCUCUAUCCUUCAGGAACUGUCCUUGCCUCUUUUGUGUACACCAUCCCCAUGGCACCGGGCGUCGGCACCUACAACCUGUCAUGGCAGUCUCCAGGGCGGAAUCUCAACAUCGAGUCUUAUAAUUACUUUGCGUUCCUUGGUUGCGGAAUCGGGGUCUACCUGUUUCACCCAGACACCGGUGACCUUGUAGGUCAUUGCACAAGCAAGUGUUCCUCCAUGGCGGCUAUGCGCAUAGCAUCACAAGGAGGUAGCUGCAAUGGCAUGGGUUGCUGCACCGUCACAUUCCCUGUGCCGUUUCGAGGGUUUACAGUGACUGUCAUUAAAAGCAAUGAUACAAUACCACAACCCUUCAGUGAUAUCAAUGUCAAGGCUUUCUUAAGUUUCCGUCCAUAUAAGUUUAGUAUUAUGGAGCUUUUGUCCGAUAAAAUAAAUGCAAGUACCAUUGGUGCUUUGCCGGCAUACCUCUCAACAGUCAUUGCAGAUGAACCCAACUGUAAGAGUGCCCAAUUGAAUAAUAAGACGCAGUAUGCAUGCAGCAAUAGCAAUUGCAUGGAUGUGCAAAAUGGAGGAUACUCUUGUGCUUGCUCUGGAAACUUUGAUGGUGGCAAUCCUUACCUUCUUGAUGAUUGCAAACAAGAGUAUAACCCAACCCCAAAGACGAACUGUUCUCGAUCAUGUGGCAAGACAUAUAUUCCUUUCCCUUUUGGGCUGGAGCCAGGGUGUUUUGCUAAAAGGAGAUUUCAACUGAAUUGCGCAUCCAACCGCACUCUUAUUGCAAGACCACCUGCAAAAUAUGAAGUGACAAAUAUUUCAUUAGAUGAAGGACUCCUGUAUGUCAAUAAGCUUUCAGAAUCUGAAGAUACCAACACAAAUUAUCUAUCAAUAUACUAUGGUGGUUCUGAUUACUUUGGCCAGCAGUUAAUUUAUGGUUUGGGGCAAUCUGGCUUUUCUGAAGAGUAUGGUGCUUGGAGCUGGUCAAUAACCAAUUCGACAUGUGAAAGUGCAAAACAAAACAGUACUUAUGCAUGCCUCAGCACAAACAGCGAGUGCAUUGGUGUUACACGUGGGACAAUCUAUGCUGGUUAUCGUUGCAAGUGUUCUCCUGGAUUUGAAGGAAAUCCUUAUGUUCAAAAUGGAUGUACAGAUAUUGAUGAGUGCUUGAUACCAAACUAUUGUAAUGGGACAUGCUAUAACUUUCAAGGAAGCUAUAGUUGUUGCCCUCAUGGUAUGUCGUUUGAUCCAGUACGAAGGCAGUGCACUUCUAUUAAGGGGCAAAAUAUUCUUUUGGGGAUUUCUGUUGGAAUUAGCAGUGGAUUUGGAGUUCUACUUCUUACGUUGACUGCAAUUAUAUCAGUCAAAAGGUGGAAGAGAGGCACGCAAAAGAAAAUCCGAAAGGCGUACUUCCGGAAAAACAAAGGUCUACUCUUGGAGCAGCUGAUCUCGUCCAGUGAAAGUGUUACACAUAACACAAGAAUAUUUUCAUUGGAGGAGUUAGAGAAAGCAACCAACAACUUUGACUCAACACGAAUUAUCGGACAUGGAGGUCAUGGCACAGUUUACAAGGGUAUUUUAUCCGAUCAACGGGUAGUCGCCAUCAAAAGGUCCAAACUUGUGGAGCAAAGUGAGAUUGAUCAAUUUGUUAAUGAGGUGGCCAUCCUAUCCCAGAUAAUUCAUCGCAAUGUGGUGAAACUUUUUGGUUGUUGCCUUGAAUCCGAGGUGCCUCUUCUCGUGUAUGAAUUCAUCUCCAAUGGCACACUUCAUGAUCUUCUUCAUGGCGAUCUGGGUGCCAAAUGCUUGUUAACAUGGGAGGAUCGUAUCAGGAUUGCUCUAGAAGCUGCAGGGGCACUUGCUUACCUCCAUUCUUCUGCCGCUAUACCAAUCUUUCAUAGAGAUGUGAAAUCAACUAACAUACUCUUGGAUGAUGCCCUCACCGCAAAGGUUUCAGACUUUGGUGCUUCCAGAUCCAUUUCGAUUGAUCAGACUCGUGUGGUUACAGCUGUGCAGGGGACAUUUGGGUACUUAGAUCCAGAAUAUUACUAUACGGGCCAGUUGACUGAAAAGAGUGAUGUUUAUAGUUUUGGCGUGAUACUUGUUGAGCUCGUAACACGGAAAAAGUCAAUUUUCCUCAACUGCGUUGGUGAAAAGCAGAACUUGUGUCAUUGUUUCCUUCAAGCACUUAGGGAUAAAACUAUUAUGGAUAUGGUGGACCCUCAAGUUGCUGAGGAAGCCAACCAAAGUGAAACUGAUGAAAUUGCCGUGGUCGCGGAGAUGUGUUUAAGGUCUAAAGGAGAAAACAGACCUAAAAUGAAAGAGGUGGAGUUAAGAUUGCAACUCCUAAGAGCUAAAAUAUCUAGAACACACAAAGAGGAGUCAAAAAGAGGCAGGGAAACCUCGCAAUCAUUAUCGUAUAGAUCUACUUCCCUGACCAUGACCAGGAGAGCUGAAAUUGGCUUUGUUGCUAAUCUAUCAUCUCAGGCUGUCUCCAGGUGCCACACUAUGGAGCAAGAAAUGAUAUAUUCUGCAGAGUUUCCUCGUUGACCAUACAUUUUGGUAUGAAGAACUAUCCAGCUUCUUUGUUUUAUCAUUUGAACUGAAACACCUCAUAUUCGAUCUACCACAUUGUCAGUCAGUUGAAGCUUGAACAAAUUCGCCGUAUGAUUUUCUCUGGAUACCCUACAAGUUUUUAUCAUGAAAACUGUAGCACUGCAUAUUAAUAUACCAAGUCCAUGUAGUUAGUGAGUUGGUUGAAGGUUGAAUAAAUUUACCAUACAAUUACUUUGAGUUUCUUUUUGUAAGUGGGUUUUCAAAUGCACUAGAAACACAAGCGCGGAUUUGCCGCGCCCACCGUAGAGCUGACCAGUUUAGGCUUGUGAAUUGUGAUCCAUUUCCAAAUGGAUUACCAGCUCAAUGUACUAUUCUUUGUCUUUAGUAUAAGCAGAUUCAGCAUUAUUGAUAAAAGAUUAAGGUGAGCAGGAAUAGUAAUUUUUUAUUUGCUGUA